GUGCUAUGGUUACGUGUGGUGACACUGAUUUUAGAUAGGUGACAUUCUUGACGCUAAAGACGUUUAAAACGCAUUGGCGGAUUUUUUCUUUCUGACUUCAUUUCAUUGAGUGUGCUUGUUCUCGAUUGAUCGAGCUAAGGUCUCUGACGACUUGCACAAAUUUUAAUUUAAAACAAAAAUGACCACCACCGCUGAAUUAGCUUGCGUUUAUUCCGCCCUCAUCUUGGCCGAUGAUGAUAUCGCCGUUACCGGUGAAAAAAUUCAAACCAUUUUGAAGGCGGCCAAUGUUGAAGUGGAACCUUACUGGCCUGGCUUGUUUGCCAAGGCUUUGGAAAAUGCCAACAUUCGGGACUUAAUAACUAAUAUUGGGUCCGGUGCAGGUGCACCUGCUGCGGCACCUAGUGGAGCUGCAGCUCCAGCAGCUGCUGCUGCUGCACCUGUUGCGGCACCAAAGGCUAAGGAGCCCGAACCUGAAGAAGAGUCCGAUGAAGACAUGGGACUUGGUUUCUUCGAUUAAGAAGAGAGACGUCUAGUUUUUUUAUGAUAAAACAAAAUAAAAACCAGACUGUGAAA